UUAGCACCGGUCUCCCCCUACCGUCACUGCUUUACGUUCUGGCCGAGCGAAUGUUUAGUAAACGCACCACUGCUGGGAGGAGGCAUUACCGACAUUCAUUCGUCUUUCACAGCCGGCAGAAGACACAUCUCCUUCGGGAAACAUUUUCACUCGCUCAUAAACCCCAGUCCGGUGUCGUUUUUUUCUAUUCAAGCAGAGCGAGGAAGGGAAGAAAUAAGCUAACAAGUCGUCAGCUCGGGAUUGCUCCGCAGGGGUAGCCAGGUGAGGGGAAGCAGAGCAGACCCUGCCCUCCCUGAUUGGAGAGGGAAUCACGACCACAGCUCCAGCCACAUACCCUCGUUGCCUCCGUCAUGCAGACCUCCGUCCUUCUCCUCCUUUUCCCAGUCCUCCUCCUGUCUCUCCUCAUCACCACCUGCUCCUCCCAGAGUGAGGCAGACCUCAUCGUUCAGACACGUACUGGUCGAGUCCGCGGCAUCCGCCUGCCGUUGCUGGACCGAGGCUACGUCACCGCUUUCCUGGGCAUCCCCUUUGCUGAGCCGCCAGUAGGGAAGCGGCGUUUCCGUCAUGCUGAGCCCAAGCGUCCAUGGACAGGGGUGUAUGAGGCCAACGCAUACCCCAACGCCUGCUACCAGUUUGUUGACACGUCGUUCCCUGGCUUCCAGGGCAGCGAGAUGUGGAACCCCAACAGAGAGAUGAGUGAGGACUGCCUGUACCUCAAUAUCUGGGUACCCUCCUCACCCAGACCACACAAUCUCACCGUCAUGAUGUGGAUCUACGGCGGAGGGUUCUACAGUGGUUCUUCUUCUCUGGACGUGUAUGAUGGCCGUUACCUAGCUCAUAGUGAGAUGGUCAUUGUGGUUUCCAUGAAUUACCGGAUCGGUGCCUUCGGCUUCCUCGCCCUACAUGGCUCCUCUGAGGCUCCUGGCAAUAUGGGUCUGCUGGACCAGAGGAUGGCGCUGCAGUGGGUACAAGACAAUAUCCAUUUCUUUGGUGGAAACCCCAAACAGGUGACUAUCUUUGGUGAGAGUGCUGGUGGUGCCUCAGUAGGAUUCCACCUCUUGUCUCCAGACAGCCGGCCUACCUUCACCAGGGCCAUCCUCCAGAGCGGGGUCCCCAACUGUCCCUGGGCCUCGGUCAGCCCCGCUGAGGCCCGCAGACGUGCCAUGCUGCUGGGCAAACUGGUUGGCUGCAACGGAGGCAACGACACUGAGCUGGUUGACUGUCUGCGCAGUAAAACUCCACAGGAGCUCAUCGACCAGGAGUGGCAGGUCCUACCGUGGUCAGCCCUCUUCCGGUUUUCAUUUGUCCCUGUUGUGGAUGGUGAGGUUCUGCCUGACACUCCCGAGGCCAUGCUCAACUCAGGCAACUUGAAAGACACUCAGAUCCUGCUUGGGGUCAACCAGGACGAAGGCUCCUACUUCUUGCUGUAUGGAGCACCGGGCUUCAGCAAGGACAACGAGAGCCUCAUCUCCAGAGAGGACUUCUUGGAAGGUGUCAAGCUGAGUGUACCACAUGCUAACGAUAUUGGCCUGGAGGCAGUGGUGCUGCAGUAUACUGACUGGAUGGAUGAGAAUAAUGGGGUGAAGAACCGUGACGCCAUGGACGACAUCGUGGGCGACCACAACGUCAUCUGCCCGCUGGCCCACUUUGCUCGCUCAUACGCCCAGCACAAUGCCGUCAAGGCUAACAUGGGAGGAGCCAGUUCCGGGGGAAACUCACAAGGAGGGGUCUACCUCUACCUGUUUGACCACCGAGCCUCCAACCUGGCCUGGCCGGAGUGGAUGGGUGUGAUCCACGGCUACGAGAUUGAGUUUGUCUUCGGCCUGCCACUGGAGAAGAGACUCAACUACACCUUAGAAGAGGAGAAACUGAGCCGACGCAUGAUGAGAUACUGGGCCAACUUUGCACGAACUGGAAAUCCCAAUGUGAACCAUGACGGGCUGGUGGACAGCAAGAAGCGCUGGCCUCUGUUCACUGUCAGUGAGCAGAAACAUGUUGGACUCAACACUGAACCACUGAAGGUCCACAAAGGUCUAAGGAACCAGAUGUGUGCUUUCUGGAACCGCUUCCUGCCACGCCUCCUCAACAUCACUGUCUCUGUGUUUCUUCUCUCAGACAACAUAGACGAGGCAGAGCGUCAAUGGAAGGUGGAGUUCCAUCGCUGGUCCUCCUACAUGAUGCACUGGAAGAGCCAGUUUGACCACUACAGCAAGCAAGAGCGCUGCACUGACCUCUGAGAGCUUCGGCAGAGAGAUGAGAGAAUGACGGGGAGGGGGGAGGCAGAGAGAACAAGCUAUGGCCAUUUUCCUCCAUAGCCCCUCAGUGAAGUCUAACUUCAUUCAACUUUUUUUAUGUUAUGUUUUCUGUUUCACUACACACACAAACACAGUCACUGUUGAUCUUUAUUUAUAUUAUUUAUACUAUUUAUUUAUGUGUUAUUUUUCUGAAUUUGUGUGUGUGUGUCUGUGGAAAUUAAGGGCUAUGGAGGGAACUUGUCAUUAAUAUGGAGGAAUAUUAGAAAUGUCAAAGAUGUCUCAUUACCUCGGGUGUGUGUGUGUGUGCGUGCGUGCGUGUGUGUGUGUGUGCGUGUGUAUGUGUGUGUGGCCUGAAAGCCCCCAGUUUAACUCAAAUCUUGACAGGCCCAUGACACUGCAUCACUGCUCGUUUACUGUUGACUCACUCACUUGAUCUCAUAAACUCAUCUUUUGUUUUCUGAGGAUUCCUUCUUUCUAACAUAUCAGGGUUUUGUUUUUUGGACUCAACAAUACUGUUUAUUUCUGUCUAACAUUUCUGUUGAAGGCAUUUAGUCUUGUUCUUGUUCAUUACUACUGUUAUGACCACUAUUCCCAUUACCUGUCAUGUUCUGCUUCACUUUGUCUUGUGUAUUUCUCAUGUGGUAAAGCCAUAAGCUGGGUUACAUUCAAGUGUUUACAUUACUUUUCAAAAGUUCAUUUUAAAUCAGCUUGAUAGUUGGAACAGCAAAUGUCUACUGAUAAUAUAAAAACUAAUAAAAUAAAAUAAAAACAAACAAUCCCUGCAAAUGCAUCACAAAUCCAAAGGGAAAGUGACUGAAUGACUUUAAAAGAUUGUAAAAUACUGGAAAGGACAGUACAGAGCACUAUCUGAGCAUCAUACAUGGAGAUAAAAUUAAGUCAGAAACAGCUCCACCCCCGAGUUAAAGUGACGCUGUGUAACUUGCUGCCACAAGUGAUAAUUGGUGAAUGUUAAAAUGUAGUUUAACAGUAGUACAACUGAGAUGUGUCAUAAAGUCAGUGAACUGACUCAGUGAUGUCAAUUAUAUGAAGGCAAUACAUCUUUUAAGUAGGGCUGAAAAUUAUUUGGUCAAUAAAACACCAGAAAACAGUGAAAAAUACCCAUCACAAUAUCCAAGAAUACAAGGUGACGUCAGAAGAUGUCUUGUUUCGUCUGAUUACCAGUCUAAAACCCCCAAAUAUUCUAUUUACUUUAAGAAACGCCAUUUGAGAACAUUGAACUAUCAAGUUUUGGAAUUUUUGCUUGAAAAUUGACUUCAACAAUUAAUUGAUUAUCAAAAUAGUUGCCAGUUAAUUUUCAUUUAAUCGACUAAUUGAUUAAUCAACUAAUCAUUGCAGCUGUAAUCUUAGAUCUGCUAACAUUAGCUACCGUAAGCUAGUUGUCAUACCAGACCAAGUAAGACUGCAGCUGCAAAAACACCUGAAUGUGUUGAAAUACUAAAUUAUAUUGGAAUACACCAAAUAUAAUACAAUAUCCACCUGUAAUACUAUUUCUUUGUUACAUUAUCAGUAAGUAAAUUAUUACAGGUUUAGUAUAUAUUUGUAUUAUAUUUUGACAAAUUCAUACAUUGCAGUGAGAGUGAAUAAGUUGCUAACGGGAAAGAUAAUGGUCGUCGGACUAAAGGGAUACCUUGAAUUCUUGCAACUUUCUCUACAGACUUCAAAAAAACCAUCUUGGCUUUUCUAGUACAACAGAAAAUGUCAACAUAAUCAAGGUAACCCUUUAUAUUUAAAGGGAUACCUUAAUUAUAUAUAGUAUAAUGUCUGUACAUUCUUGUGUGUUUGUGUGUACGUCUUUCAAUCUGAACCUUUUGGUGAGAUCUAAGAAGCAGAAGCAGGGUCACAGCUAAAAUUGGGGGGGAGGGGAACCUCAUUUCACAGCUGAGAUGUAUUUCAUUGUGUGUGUGUGUGUGUGUGUGCGUGCGUGCGUGCGUGCGUGCGUGCGUGCGUGCGUGCGUGCGUGCGUGCGUGCGUGCGUGCGCACCUCCCUCUCUGUUCAUUCCAGUCCUCACUGCUUUAUCUCUCUGUCCUGUUGUAUAUCUUUUCAGUGCUUUUUUUCCUCUUCCAUCUCUAUCUCCUCUCUCCCUGUUUCUCUUCCCUGCUUUCCAUGUCUCUGCCUUCCUCUUCUUAAGCUUCCUCUCCACUCCGGCUGUCAUCUUCAUCUUCAUAUCUAAUCAACCUCCACCCACCCUCCUGUCUUUUUGUCUGUCUUUUCUACUCUCUUCCUUUCAUCCUUCACUCCCUCCUCUUCCUUCCUCUUCUCACUCAUGCAUCAGACAUCCUUUUCUCCACUCUUAUAUCCUUUCUGUAUCCCCCUCUCGUAUAUCUCUUUCUCCUUCCACCUCCACUCCUUCUAACUUUUCUCUUCUUCUUCAUCUCUCUCAUUUCUUUUUCCUUCCUCAUCAAUCUCUCAGUUGCAUCACUCUUCCCCUUCCUCCCCCUCAUGCUCUCUGUCCCUGCCCCCUCUCCCAUCUCUCUCUGUCCUCCUGCUUUCUCGUUAGUCUAAUGGAGGCAGAGUAAUUCACUCAGCAGCAGGAUAAUGUGACAGAGCGCUGGCUCAGCCUCUGGCUGCGAACAGGAAACAAAGGAUGAACGGAUGGAUAGAAAAUGGAGGUGGAAAGGUAGAAGGAUGAGGCAAGGAGAAAGGGACAGGGGAGGAGGAGAGAGAUGAGAUAGACGAGGCAGAAGGAGAGGUGGAGAUGUGAUGGAAAUAUGAAAAGACAGUCAGAGAAAUACAUCAUUAUGUAACUCUUGCCACUAGAAAAACUGUGGGUAUGUGAGUUGCAGCUUACUCAUGUGGCACUGAUAACGUAAAGAAUUCUUAAAAUGUAAUAAUAACUAUAAUAUCCUGCUCAGAUCUGGGUUUCAGGGUAGAACCAGGCUUUUACGGGGCACCACCCAGGAUUUGAUUGCCUCCACUCCACCCCAAAAUAUAGCUGCACAGGAUUACAUAACAAUUAUAUUUUUUACCCCAAAAAACAUUGGCUUAAGGUUACAUCUUUUACACAUAGACUUGACUUGUAUUUAUAUAGACAGGCUUUUUGUCAACAUAUUUGUAACAGAAUUCACUCAUACUUGCAAAGAGAAAUUGAAGAAAAAUGCUAAGAAAAAUUCUUUAUUAUUUAGAUUAUAUUUUAUGUGCAUAUCUUAUGUGCACUAGGUAAGACCCAUAUGUUGUAAGCAUAAGUUAAUAUGUUGUGAGAACAAGAUAUUAAGAUAGAUAUUAGUGUAUUUCAUAAGAUAUUAUAUAUUACACAUAUGGAUCUUGUGCGCACAAGAUAAUAACUCGUGAAAUAAAUUACGUUGAUUCCACACGAUAAUAACUGUGCAAAAGUUCAACAAGAUACAAGAUAAUUCACUUCACAAUUUCUUAUGUUGUAGGAAAAUUCAUGUACUGUGUGCAAAGUUAUUUUCUUGUGAGAGCAAGAUCCAUAUGUUGUAUGGUCUAAAAAAGUAAUUAAUAAUAGUAAUUAAUUAAUAAUACUUGUCUGCUCAAGAUAUCAUCUAGUGUGUUAAAGAUAAAAAUAUAUAUAUAUGAAUUAUAGGACUUUCUUGUACUUGUGUUCGUCAUUUGUCUGUCUAUGUGUGUCUACCACCCUUAAUAUCACUGUGUGUGUGUGUGUGUGUGUGUGUGUGUGUGUGUGUGUGUGUGUGUGUGUGUGUGUGUGUGUGUAAUGCAUCACUGUACCUGUCUGUCAACUUCUUUGCCAUUUUUAUUUGAACACUGGAAGGGAACUGAUUCAGCGCUCUGAUUGACUGAUGGCAGUCCCAGCCAAGCAUCUCUGUUGGCAUGUAAAGCUCCUAUUUAUGGAUCAGAGUAGUGUAGUCUAGCUUGAAAAAGAACUAAAUAUGAAUAAAGGAUUGUACCUGAUGUCUAAAAUACCAGUGAAGAAUGCAUGUAUGACUGGCUAUGUGAGUGACAGCUCUCCCAGCCCCUCUCAUCCAAUGGGAGACCCCACUUAAGCCCCACCUCCUUCCCUUGCCCUCCUAUCAAAUCCUUGUGCAUGUCCUGAAGUCGACCCUGUCCCCAGUAUAUUCUACCAAUCUUGGACUAUUAUUUUCUGUAAAAUUUGUACUUUUGAACAAAACUAUUAUUAAUAUAAGUAAUAUAUCUCUCAUGUUAGGUACAUUUAAUGUUAGCAAUAACAUGAAUACAUCAGUAAAGGAAUAUAUUUGAUAUUUAAAUGCAGUGAAAAUAUAAGGUGAUAAAAUAACAUUGAUGAUGGAUAGAGGUUGUAUUUUAAAAGCAAUAUUAUAAACUAAAAACGAAUGCCAUAAAUAUUUUUCUUGUCCUAUUUUUCUGUUUGAUUAAAUUUGUUUCAGUUCUCUGCCUCAUCAUUGUUUGCUCCAGUCACUAGUAGCCUACUGUAAGUGUUAAAGGCUUCUGUAGCUUCCCAGUAUGUCUCUGUGUAUCAUGAAUGCUGACUUGGUUAAGCUAUAGCAACAGAAAUAAAGACACCCUGCUGCUUCUGUC